GUGGAGGGGGCAGGUGGAGAGAGGAAACCAAGCUCAAGGAAGAUAAACUUUAAAAAUACAUAGGCUUGCUUGCUUGUUUAUUUAUUUAUUUGACUUUACAUUAUCCAAAUAUCUUAAAAAAGAUGAUGCGUGUGCCUGAGCUUCAGAGCCAGAAGAACUCUCUGUUGACCGCUAUGAACCGCUUCAUCGGCGCGGUCAACAACAUGGAUGAGACGGUGAUGGUGCCGAGUCUACUGCGCGACGUGCCCAACGCCGGCGCCGGCGAUGGCGAUGAUGGAGACUACCUGCGGGCCGCCGAGGCCGACAUGUACACCUACUACACCCAGCUGAAGACCAUCCGCAAUGAGAUCGAGUGGGGAGCCGUGCUGCGGGGCGAGGAGGCGCAGAGACCGGCCGAGAAAGCAGGCGAGCCGGCAGAGCUAGAGAAUCUGCUGCGUUUCCAUCUGAAGGGGCUGUACGGUGUACUGACCAAACUCACCAGUCACGCCAACGAGCUCACUGACCGCUACAAGCAAGAGAUCGGCAUAGCUGGAUGGGGACAAUGAAACAGAAAGACUGGCCAAGCCUCAAACCCUCAUUCUGGGGAACUGAAAGUAUUUCCUUUUUGGGACUAACGUCAUAUUCGGUGUUGACCAAAGCUGGUAUAAAGUGUCAAGCCAUCUAUUUGCACAAAUAUUACCUCCUCAAGUGAUCUAUUCUACCUUCUACACCUAUGAGAUACUCUCUAUACGGGAACUGUGUUAUAUUUUAUAACCUAAAUGCAGAGAGUGGGCAGAGGACUGGACCGGUCUUGUGAAGCCGAGCCUCUCAUGCAUCCAACCCUUCAGCUGUACAGAGCGCUUUAACAGCUGAUCCUAUUUAUUUAGUUGUUUGUGUAACCUUUACAGAGUUAGUUUCGGUGAAAGGAAAAUGAUCUGAAACUACCUGACAGUCUAUGACCUGGAAUGCUCUGAAAAGUCAUGAAGAGCUCUCUGAGACUGUUGUUGCUGUGCUGCUGUUGCCACUGCAUUUGUCCAAAACAUUUGUUGUUCUUUUAUAUUGGUGAUUAUUUUAUACUGAAAUAAACCUGAUAUGUUGAAUACAUGA